UUGUAAUCCUCAUUUCCUUUUCUCUCCUCUUGAGUCGUAAGCGGGCUUGCUGGCUCUUUAUAUAUAGAUAUAUAGCGGUUUUCGUUUAAAAAGAACAGCCUUCCCUCUCAUCCCUCUCUCUCACUUCACAACCAUGUCGUUACCGAAGCCGGAAACCCCCGAAAAAACCUUCCCGCCGAUCUCCAAAUGCGAAUUCUCCACCGUAAACCACCGCUCAAUCGCGGCGGACCUCGACGGAACCCUACUAAACUCCACCUCCGCCUUCCCAUACUACAUGCUGGUCGCAAUCGAAGCCGGGAGCCUCCUCCGGGGCCUCAUUCUCCUCCUCUCAUUUCCAAUAAUCGCAAUCGCAUACAUCUUCGUCUCCGAAGCUCUGGCAAUCAAAAUGCUAAUCUUCAUCUCGUUCGCCGGUAUCAAGGCGCGUGAGAUCGAGCUGGCCUCACGCGCCGUGCUACCGCGGUUUUACGCUGCGGAUGUGAGGAGUGAUAGCUUUGAGGUGUUUGAUAGGUGUCAAAGGAAGGUUGUGGUGACGGCGAACCCGACGGUGAUGGUGGAGGCGUUUGUGAAGGAGUAUUUGGGGGCGGAUAAGGUGAUCGGGACGGAGAUUGAGAUCGAUGCGAAGACGAAGAAGGCGACUGGUUUUGUGAAGGAGCCUGGUGUGUUGGUUGGGAGGUUGAAGAGGGUGGCGGUGGUUAAGGAGUUUGGUGGUGAGUUGCCGGAUAUUGGAAUCGGUGACCGGAAAUCGGAUCAUGAUUUUAUGUCUGUGUGUAAGGAGGGCUACAUGGUGCACAAAGACAAGUCAGCCACCAUUGUAUCGCCGGACCGCCUAAAAACCCGCCUGAUCUUCCACGACGGCCGCCUAGUCCAACGCCCAACGCCACUAAACGCUCUGAUCACCUACAUCUGGCUGCCAUUUGGAUUCGUUCUUUCUCUUAUCCGAGUGUACUUUAAUCUCCCGCUACCAGAACGUAUAGUUAGAUACACCUAUGGCAUGCUUGGGAUCAAGCUCGUGAUUCGUGGCAACCCACCUCCACCACCGUCACCUGGGACCCCUGGAAACCUCUAUGUGUGCAACCACCGAACUGCCCUAGACCCAAUCGUUAUCGCCAUUGCACUUGGCCGGAAACCAUUUUGCGUGACAUACAGUGUAAGCAAACUAUCGAGAUUCCUAUCACCGAUCCCCGCCAUUGCCCUAACCCGGGACCGUGAAGCCGAUGCUUCUCGGAUCAAAGAACUGCUUCAAAAAGGCGAUCUAGUGGUCUGCCCGGAAGGAACCACUUGCCGUGAACCGUUCUUGUUACGGUUCAGUGCAUUGUUUGCUGAACUAAGCGAUAGAAUAGUCCCGGUUGCCGUGAACGUAAAACAGAACAUGUUUCAUGGGACAACGGUUCGUGGAGUCAAAUUCUGGGACGCGUAUUUCUAUUUUAUGAACCCGAGACCGACAUAUGAAGUGACGUUUUUGGAACGAUUGCCGGAGGAAAUGACGGUUAAAGGAGGUGAUCGGUCGGCUAUUGAGGUAGCGAACCAUGUUCAGAAGGUUUUGGGUGCGGUGUUGGGGUUCGAGUGCACCAAUUUGACAAGGAAAGAUAAGUAUCAGUUGCUUGGAGGGAACGAUGGGAAGGUAGAGUCGAUGUAUGGCAAGAAGUGAAUAUUGUGAAAUGUUUAUUCGUGUUAAAUUACUAUUAUUCUACAUGUAAUGAUAUAAGAAUGAGUUAAUUAUUGUUUUCGUCCCUGUAGUUUGUCAAAAAUCACUAUUUCAGUCCAUUAGUUUAAAAA